AUGACCGUAAGUCAAGGAUACAAGGAAAUAGCCCAACAGAAAUUGGCUGAAAGAGAUGCAAAAUUCUUUCCUGAAUGGUUAGUACCUGAAGAUGAUCUCCCAAGUACUGACUUGAUGGAUGUCACGGGUUGGCUCGCUGAUACCAAAUACUUACUGGAUUUGGAGAAGGAAAUUACUACUUCUGAUGCACCAACUAUUGUUUCCAACAUUAGGAACCGCAAGUGGACUUGUUUGGAAGUGACGAAAGCUUUCUGUCAUCGUUCUUCUAUUGCUCAUCAAUUGGUUAAUUGUCUCACGGAGAUUUUCUAUGAUGAAGCAAUUGCUCGAGCAGAAGAAUUGGAUAAGUUCCAAGAAGAAACAGGUACCACAUUGGGUCCGUUCCAUGGAUUGCCCAUUUCUUUGAAGGAUAAUUUUAAUGUUAACGGCCAUGCAUCUACUGUUGGUAUUGUCAAAUAUAGUUUUGAAAAGAUGACAGAAGAUGCUGUAUUAGUUGGUUUGUUGAGAGAACAAGGUGCCAUAUUCUACGUCAAGACCAACGUUCCUGUUGCAAUGAUGAUGCCUGAAUCAACCAACCAUAUUUGGGGUACGACAGUUAAUCCAUUGAACCGUAAUUUGAGUGCUGGUGGCUCUUCUGGGGGUGAAGCCGCUUUAUUGGCCUUACAUGGACUGCCUUUAGGAUUGGGUACUGAUAUUGGUGGUAGUAUUCGAAUUCCUGCUUCUUUCCAAAACUUGUUCGCUUUGAAGCCUACCUUGGGUCGUUUCCCAACUUAUGGUUGCAGAGCUGGUUUACCUGGACUUGAACUGGUUAGUAGUAUCAAUGGACCAAUGACUACUAGUUUGACUACAUUGGAUUACUAUUGUAAGAACAUUUUGACCCUUGAACCUUGGUACCACGAUCCUAACUCGGUCGCGUUGCCAUGGCGUACAGUCGACGUUCCAGGAAAGCUCAACAUUGCAAUUUUGGAAGAUGAUCUCGUUGUACGUCCCACACCACCAAUCCGUCGUGGGUUAAAAAUUGUUCGCGACGCUUUAACUGAAGCGGGCCACACUGUCAUCGAUUGGGUCCCAGAAGAUCAUUUACGAUUAUCGCAAAUCAUUACAGCUUUCUUCCUCAGUGAUGGUGGAGAUCAUGUUUUGAAGGAAACUCGCGCUACAGGUGAAGCACUCUUUCCAUAUAUGAAAAUGUAUGGCCAAUGUAAAGACUUGCCUACUCUGGAAUUAAGGGCUCUACACGUUGAACGUACCGCGUUAGCCAAAAAGUUUUUGGAUCGGUGGCGUGCAACUAAAAACGUUACUGGGAAUGGACGUCCUAUAGAUGUGAUUAUUGCCCCCACAACACCAUUCCCUGGUUCUGUAGUGGGCAAAUUUGGAAAUCAUGUUGGAUAUACCAGUCCCUUCAAUGCGUUAAACUUUUCAGUAGGAAUCUUGCCCGUUACUCGUGCGCACCAGGAUUUGGAUCCAGCCGAUGCGGAACCCGCAGGCCACAACGAAGGAGAUAUCCAAACAUGGGCCGAUUACAAUUCUACGGAAUCACACGGAGGUGCAGUAGCACUUCAGGUGGUGGGUCAAAAGUUUGAGGAAGAAAAGGUGGUUGAGAUAAUGAAGGUAAUCUCAGAGCUUAUAGAUAAGAAGCAGACGUAA